CGGAAAUAAUAACUAAACCAACGAACGAGAAAUGGUGGAGGCUAGCAGAUCGAAGAGACAUUUUUCCGAAUAAACGUGCUCCGGAACCCAGUCUCACCUUCAAAGUCCCAGAGCCUAUUUACCAUGCUAGGAGGGAAGAAGGUCCCAGAGGAAAGUGUUUCGGGUGGGCCACAGAAAGGAGAUGACCCUCCGCUGGUUGUCCACCCAACUUUGGAGACACCGUGUGAUGUGUCUCCUGAUGGCUUUGUGUGUCACCUUGUUACUCAUGCUCCUGGCUACUCAGUCAUUGCAGCAUCCAAGGUAAGGGACAGUCUGUCUCUCUCUUUCUCCCCACACCAUUAUGCACUGUCUGUAGCUGGUGGUAAAACUAAUAGAUUUAGCUCAGUGGUUAUUGUGAAUGUACCAAAGAAAUUCUACAUAUAUUUGUGUAAAUGCAUUACGGAUUAAACAACCUUUUAAAUACAGAAUUGAUUAAUGAGGAGUUGUUUGUCAUGGCAUACAGCUAAGCUGUAUAAGUUCUGUUGAGACUUUGUUUACCUAGAUGUCUGAUGAAAUUCUCUGUCUCUUUCCUUUUUCGAAAGCCACUAUGCUGGGCACAAGGGCCAUAAGGUGGAGGAGAGGGGAGCACUUUCCGACAAUGCUCCUCCAAACACUCCUGUCCCAUCCCACACUGCCCCUAACAGGAGGAAGGAGGUUCAGACACCCAAUCUGCAGCAUCAAAGAGACCCCAAUGGGUACACCUUUAUGAGGACAAGGAGGAGCCCUCCACCUGUAGCUUUCCUCAAAACACACAAGACUGGAAGCAGCACUGUUCAGAAUCUGAUGUUCCGCCUUGGGGAGAAGGAGAACCUCACUUUCGCCUUCCCCUAUUACGCAUACCAGUUCAGCUACCCAGAUAGGUUCCGAGCAGACUUUGUAGAUGAGCUGCCACCGGGUUCCUCUCAGUUCGACAUGCUCUGCAGCCACAUGCGGCUGGACCUGGGACAGCUGAAACAGGUGAUGCCCAGGAACACCAUCUACAUCACCCUGCUGCGUGAUCCUCUACAGACCUUUGAGUCUGUUUUCAGCUACUACACUUCCACUGUACCCGCCUUCACGCUAGCCAAAAAGGCAGCUGACACAGCUAACAGGAAGUCCGCCCUCUCGGUCUUCCUGGAGUCCCCAGAGUCCUACUGGGACCCUACAGAACCUGGGAAUGGCCUAGCCAGGAACCCUAUGAGCUUUGACCUGGGCCUCAGCAGCCAAGAGUGGAACGCAUCCUGGCCCAUGGAGCUGACUCAGCUGGAGGAGGCCUUCCAGCUGGUGAUGAUCGCUGAGCACUUUGAUGAGUCUCUGGUUCUCCUGGGGGCUCUGCUGCAGCUGGAGCCUGAGGAGCUGGCCUAUGUGCACCUGAACGUCCGCGCCCCAUCGGACAUCACCCCGCUGGAGGAGGACACCAAGGCCAGGCUCUGGGCCUGGAACAGUCUGGAUGUGCUGCUCUACAACUUAUUUCUGCAGGUGUUCUGGGAGAAAGCUGAGCAGUAUGGCCUGGGGAGACUGAAAAGGGAGGUGGCCCUACUGAGGGCCUCCACACAGAGGCUCAGACAGAAGUGUGUGGCCAGAGAAGGAGUCCCCCCUGGUGAGCUGGAGGACCUGGUCAGGCCCUGGCAGACCGACACAGUCACCAUCCUGGGAUACGAGGUACGAGGGAACCUGACUCUGCAGGAAGAGGGGCUCUGUGUGCGACUAGUGCUGCCUGAGCUACAGUACCACUCUCAUCUGUAUUUCCAGCAGUAUGGCCAUGACAUGAGGUCCAUACCUACAGACUAAUGUGCAGCACUUUCCCCUUUUAUAUACUACACCACUCAGAAUUUCUGCUUUUGAUGUAUUUUUCCAAUAAACCAAAAAUACUAACAUUGUUAGGUCCCUUUCCAAAUGUAUUUUUAUUUUUUAAAUGUGGAUCUUCUUGUUAAAAUACUAUAACGACCUUAAUUCAACUCCUAGCGACCUAAUCAAGAGAUGUUAGCCUCUUGGGGAAGCUAAAAGAGGCAUAGUUCAGCCAUAAUCCAAGAGGAAGUGGCGUGUCUUUUUACUAGAAGCUCAAGGACAUUAUUUUAGCUAUAAUCGUUACAUUUUUCAGUAGAAUUUUCUGAUUCUUUGGGUGGGGAGAAACCCCUCUUCAGUUAUCAAACAAAUGUAUUUAUAAAGCCCUUUUUACAUCAGCAGGUCAAAGUGCUAUACAGAAACCCUGACUAAAACCCCAAAUAACAAGCAAUGUAGAAGCACUGCAGGGUAUCCGUUAAACAUGUAAUUCAAAUUUGUAUGGCCUAAACGAAAUCAGUCUGAUGAAGUUGAGUGAUUUAUUUAUUUUUACUGAGCUUUUAUUGAAUGCUUGUGCUACUCUUUUUCCAUGUAAAAAAUAUUAAUAAAAAAAAAAAACAGGGCAAAUGCAACCCCAUAUUGCUCAGAAUGUGCCUCUUAAUUGACUGAUAGCAAUUU